AUGCAUGGCCUUUUGAAGUUGUACCGCGCUGUCGUCGCUCGUCCGUCGGCUCUCCACGUUGUUCGGCGCACGCCGCAAUGGCGCUCCUACUCCACGCCGUCGAAUGAUACCCUACCCUUAUCGGGGGUCCGAGUUCUGGAUAUGACGAGAGUAUUGGCUGGUCCAUACUGUACUCAGAUUCUCGGAGACCUGGGAGCAGAUGUAAUCAAAGUGGAACAUCCAACUCGCGGCGACGAUACUCGCGCCUGGGGCCCGCCCUAUGCAAAGUACGAGGAUGGGUCGGAGGGUCCUGGAGAGAGUGCUUAUUAUCUUGCGGUCAAUCGGAAUAAAAAAUCCAUCGGCCUCUCCUUUGCGCACAAGUCCGGAGUCGAGAUCCUACACCGGCUGGUGAAAGAAUGCGACGUGCUAGUUGAGAACUACCUACCCGGGGGACUCAAGAAAUACAACAUGGACUACGAGACGCUUCGGGAAAUCAACCCCAAGCUGAUAUAUGCCAGUAUCACCGGCUACGGCCAGACGGGUCCGUACAGUAACCGCGCCGGUUACGACGUCAUGGUGGAAGCUGAGAUGGGCUUGAUGCACAUCACCGGCGCCCGGGACGGCGACCCAGUCAAGGUGGGUGUCGCGGUCACGGAUUUGACGACGGGGCUGUAUACGUCCAAUGCGAUCAUGGCGGCUUUGUUGGCCCGGGUCAGGACUGGAAAGGGACAGCACAUUGAUGCGUGUUUAAGCGACUGUCAGGUUGCAACCUUGGCAAAUAUCGCCAGUUCCGCUCUGAUCAGCGGGCAGAAGGAUUCAGGGAGGUGGGGGACCGCGCAUCCAUCUAUCGUCCCCUAUCGAAGCUACCAAACCCGCGACGGAGACAUCCUCUUCGGAGGAGGAAAUGAUAAGCUCUUUGGGGUGCUGUGCGAUCGCCUUGGAUAUCCCGGGUGGAAGACCGACCCUCGCUUCAUCACCAACAGCGACCGAGUCAAACAUCGAAAAGAGAUCGAUGGCCUCAUCGAGGAGAGGGCCAAGCAGAAGACCACUCAGGAGUGGUUGGAGAUCCUGGAAGGCAGCGGGAUGCCCUAUGCCGCGGUAAACGAUAUCCAAGGGACAUUAAACCAUUCUCAUGUCCAAGCUCGUGGAAUGGUUACAGAAGUGGACCAUCCGGCGUGUGGUCCCAUCAAGUUGGUGAACACACCUAUUAAAUACUCCCAUGCGACCCCUGGCGUCCGGACGCCACCCCCAACUCUAGGACAGCAUACGGAUGAGAUUCUCGGAGAGGUACUCCAGUAUAAGGCAGAGAAGAUUGCCCAAUUGAAGCAGGAGGGGACAGUGCGCGUGUGUUUCUCUGGCCUGAUCGGGGGCAUGUCAUCACAACAUGGGGUUUCUUCCUCCCUGGCGUCUAUAGAGACAACGCCACCAACCACCUCCGGUUCGCAACCGUCGGCUCCCAGUAUUGACUCGUCCUCGGUGUCCAUUUCGUCGCAUCCCGAACAGCGGCCAUCCAGUACCUCCUCCUUUUCCUCCAGUAAAGUACAUAUCCCGAAAUUAUCCGCGGCGACCACCGAGCUCCUUGCCCGGGUCGCCGGCAAUAUCAGACGAGAACAGCAGCAACAGCCGUCACCGCCGCCGCAGCGGCCAGGAAAUGAAACAAACCCUAUCAGGUGGACAAAUUCAUCCUUCAGUCAAGGUUUGCACAAUUUCCGCUGUAUGCAGCCCGCCAGCAAGAUGAGGGCCUCUUCCACCAUCAUAGAACUGCCAACGGCGCCGUUCGUCUACUCAAGUCAUAUGACCUCGAAGGCGCCUGCUGCUUCCCAACAGGCCCCGAGUCCAAGUGCCUCGACGCUUCCCCAGGAGAAUCAUGGAAACCCGGCGCAUCUCAUGGCCAUUGCUCCGAGACCUUCGGGUCCGCCUUCUGCUGGUCCAGUGGCCGCAACUCAACCCCCAGUGCCGCCGCAGGUGCCGUCGCAGCCCAUGGCUCCCGCGGGUCCAACGGAUCCAACGGAUCCAGCAAUCCCGGCAGCCAAAGCUACGUCCUCGCCUACCUCCUUAACUAAACUAAAAAGACCAGUAGCCGACUCUCGUCAACGCAAAAGCACGACAUCUAUAAACGGGGUCAAACGCACCAAGAAGCGCAGACGAGGCAGUGAAGAUAUCAUCCGAGCCGGCGACUCCAGCUCGGAUGAAUCCGAUAUAACACCGGCGGCUACGCAGACGAAAUCCGGUCGACAGGUGAACCGACCCUCGCUCUAUGUUCCUGCGGCGCCCUCGCCAGUGGCGGCCAAGACAAGCAGUGGCUCGUUGGCCACUCCGGCUUCAGCCACGGCUGCUCGCAAACGCAAGCGGGCGAGUCAAAAGGGAAAGGAUAUCAAUAUCAAUUGCAUGCAUUGCCAGCGAGGCCAUAGUCCGAUGAGCAAUGUGAUCGUUUUCUGCGAUCUAUGCAACCAGGCGUGGCAUCAGCUAUGCCAUGAUCCUCCGAUCGAAACCGAGUUCGUCACGGUCAAGGAGAAGGAAUGGCACUGUCGGGAGUGUAAGCCCGUCAAGAUAACCAUUACGCAGCCUACCGUGGUCCGCAGCAAUCCUAGUCUCAGCGGGCCAUCGUUCAGUCUUCAAAAUCAUCUUCCGCUGGCAGUACCCAGGUUAGAAACCGGUGGCGAAGGCUUUUCCACAGACGAACGACGCAACUUCUUGUCGACUUUGUCACAUGCUGCUCUCGUCGAGCUGCUCGUCACCUUAUCCAGUACUCAUCCGACCCUUCCAAUGUUCCCAGAGGACCUGAAAAGACUUUCAUCGUCGAAGUUUUCUUUCCAACCUAAUCUAUCAACAGCCUCCACACCCCUCUCUGUUCCGUCGACCACUCCGGCCCUGACCAACUCGGCGAAUUCGACGUCAGGAGCUGGAGAAGACAUUGCUCCAUCCAUGUCUGGUCCCCGUAAAGAGUACAUCGACGAGUCUUCGGAUGGUGACUCGGAGUACGAGGUCGAGGAACAUCGCCUGUAUCCGCGUGCCGGGAAUGGUGUCCGGCUCCCAAUGAACGCGGACGACCUCGACAUUAUGCGCGAAGACCCUCAUUGUGCCACGUUUAGCUACAUGCUGCAUGGUCCCGCCCAGGCUCAAGCCAAGGUGAAUGGGAUCGCACCUACCUGGGGCAGUUGA